CUUCAAACACCAGGAACAAUACUUCUACAUGUUCACGCACCACCAGGCUAAUGACACGUCAACAGGCUGAGUCAGAGGCCCAAGAGGCAAGGCUUAGUCGAAGCCAAAAUCGUCUUCCUCUAGCGUCACUGUCUCUCAAUAUUAGAGCUCGAUUUGCUGGACCCAACCACCAGGAGAACGUGUCAAGAAUUAGAAUAAGAGUGCCCGAUUCCUUAUCUCCAGAACCGGAGCCCCAUACCCAUGCCUCUAAUACUUCAAGUGGAGAAUCAGUGAGGCGAGGAUCUGCUAGAGAGUCUCAUCAGACUAAUGCAGCAGGCUCUUCACGAGGGGAUUAUUCAGGAUCUGUUGAGAGUUCUUCAUCUUCACCGUUUAACAAGAAGAGUAGAUUGUUGAAAGGACAAGAUUGUAAAUGUGCGAAUGAAUUUAAGCUAGUUUUGCAUUAUCUCCGAGGUGCAUAUAGCAGGAUUGAUAGUCUAGACGAGGUCAUUUUCGAGCAAGGAAAGACUAUAAAUGUUCUUUCAAUGAGGUUACAAGAAUUAGAAGCUAAGCAUGCCUCUGGGUCAAGUCCUUUGACUAAGAAUAAGGGGAAGGCAAAAAGCCGAGAAUAGCAGAAUGGUUUUUUAACCAAAACUUUGAUUGUAUGAUUCGAAUAAAGUAAAAAAAUAAGUGUAGGCUUCAGCUUAUUUGUGAAUGGACUUAGGAUUGAUGGUCUAGACAAGACCAUUCACGAGCAGAAAAAUAUUAUCAAUGCUCUUUUAGAGAGGAUACAAUGUUUAGAAGCUCAUCACACCUUGGGGUCAAGCUCUUCGACUCAUCAUAAUUUUUGAUUUAAAAUAAAUAUUUCAAUAAUAAUAAUGCAACUGUGGGGAAGUGAGUUGUUCCUGAAUUGAUAGUGCAGAAAUAUAUUAAGAGUA